AUGUCGAUCCAUGCCAUUCCGUGCCAUUCCCUGUCAUUCCGUGCCAUUCGUGUUGCUCCCUGUCAUGGCUCCAAAUCUCCCUCCUUCCACUCCCUCCCUACUCGCCCUUCUCUUCCCCCAACUUCCUCCCCUCCUCCGCAGCAAGCAUCCAACGACAGCACCGCACUCCACCCAUCAGAACUUCCCUCACUUAACACCAAACCCACCGCUGCUGCUUCAACACCCAUCCCCACCCCACCCACGACACGUACUCCCAGUCUCUCCUCUCUCCUCCCCUCUCCGCUCCCUCGCUCCGUCCUCCUCCCUCUACUCGCGGCGGCCAUAGCUGCAGCCACGUUCUUCUCCUCCCUCUCCUGGCGCCUGGGAGGAGGAGGGGGUGCUCCCUUCGCCGCUCUGCUGCGCCCUCCCCCUGCCGCUGCUGCCAGCAACCAGAUCGUGCUGACCCCGCCCCCACCCGGCACAGCCAGUCCAGCGGCGCUCAAGUCACCCCAGCAGCGAGCAGGCAUCACCGAUAAGGCCCUCUAUGCCAUCGACCUCUUCCUCACCACUGAACCUUCUGGGAAGCUCCUGCUGCUCUCUGUCCUCUGGGUGGCCCUCAUGCUGCUGGGAGCCGGAGCCUUCAUCGCUGCAGCCAAGGCAACCAAUGAGGACGUGCCAUUUGGCGAGGCUGUGUGGGUCUCGUGGACCAUGCUGUCAGACCCCGGCCAGCAGGGCGCUCAGUCGCCCACCAUCAAGGGUCUGCUGCUGCUGACGCUGCCGGUGCCUGUACUAGUGGGACUCGAUAUGGAAGCGGGUGCUGUCAGUGGUGCUGACACUAAAGGGUUGCUGCUGCUGGCGCUGCUGGUGGGUCUGGCAGCCGUGACCUUCCCAGUGCCACCACCCUCCCUCUUCACGUCCCCUGCUCUGCGAUCUCCCCCCACCUCCCCACCCCAGGACUCAAUCUGGAAGCGGGUGCUGUCGGUGGUGCUGACCAUCAAGGGCCUGCUGCUGCUGGCGCUGCUGGUGGGUCUGGCCACUGAUGGCGUGGCGAAGCAGGUGGACGAUCUGAACAAGGGCAAGGGGGCCGUCAUGGAGCGCGGACACGUGCUGGUCGUGGGCUGGACCCCGCGCACUAUCCCCCUGGUGCAGCAGCUGGUGGGGGCGGACGGCAGUCGGGCGGUGGUGGUGCUGGCGAGUGGCAAGGGCAAGGAGGAGAUGGACAGUGCGCUGCUAGAUGCCAUUCCCAAGAGCGAACGACAGAAGGCGGGAGGCGGGCAGGUGAGAGGCAAGGGCGGCAAGCGUGUAAAGAUAGGCAAGAGAGUGAAUACGGUUGCACCACCUGAGGUGGUGGUGGUUCUGGCGGGUGGCAAGGGCAAGGAGAAGAUGGACAGUGCGCUGCUAGAUGCCAUUCCCAAGAGCGAGCGACAGAAGGCAGGCGGCGGGCAGAUUGUGACGCGCACCGGCUCGCCAUUCCACUCGGAGGACCUGGCGCGCUGUGCUGCUGACGCUGCACGCUCCAUUGUGCUGCUCUCCCCGCCCGUCUCCGACCCCUCUCAAGCCGACGCCUUCGUGAUCCAAGCCAGUCUCGCACUCGCCAACCGCGCUGACAUCAGCGCUGACAUCAUCGCGGAGCUCUCUUCACUCUCCAACGUGCGCCUGCUGCAACGCCUCCACCGCACCCUCCUCGCGCCCUCCCCCUCCACCACCGCCACCACUGCCCAAGCACCGCCCACUGGCAUGAGGGGGCGCAGGAGGCGGCUGGUGCCGGUGGCGGCGGAGAACCUGUCGCUGCGCACGCUGCUGUCCGCUGCUGUGCACCGUGGCACUGCUGAUGUCACCGCUGACCUGCUUGACUUUGAGAACGACGAGUUCUACUUCAAAGAGUGGCCAGAGCUAGUGGGGCGCACGUUUGGCGAUGCGCUCUUUCUAUUUGACAACGCCACCCCCUGUGGGCUCAUGAAGGCUCCCAAGCACCACACCGCACCCGAUGCUUCCGGUAGUGCUGGCAGCACAAUGGGCGAGGUGCUCGUGAACCCGCCCAGCUGGACGCUCAUAGAGCCUGGAGACAAGCUCCUAGUGAUAGCAGCGGAUCGCAACAGCUACCGCCCGGGACCCAGCCGCCUGCCGCCCCCGCCGUCCGAGCUCACUGCUGCAGCUGUCCCGGCAGCCACUCAGAAAGCGCCACGUGGCACUAGCAGCAGCAGCGUGGGUCGCAAGCAGCAUGUGCUUAUAUGCGGAUGGCGGCCGGAAGCAAAGCAGCUGGUGGAGCUGUUGCCCUCGAUACUGGCACAAGGCAGUGAGGUGACGGUGGUGGCGACUCACAUCUCCCCAACAGACGAGCUGCUGCUGGGGAACAUUCGCAGGCACAAAAAGCUCCCCAUCCGCAUCAAGCGAGGCAGCCCAGCAGACCGGGAGGUGCUGGAGUCGCUGCCUCUUGAGACCGUCGACUCGGUGAUUCUGCUGCAGUCAACGCAAGUCAACGGGGGGGAGAACGGGGAGGACGAGGAGGAGGAUGCUGGCAUGGUGGACAGCUCACAGGCUACAGUGACGGCGCUGCUUAUCAGGAGCAUUCAGGCGGCCAGGGGGAGAGCACAAGAGGCGGCAAUAGUGGCAGAGGUGCCGGCGAGUGAGAGGGACGUGGCGAGGCAGGUGGAACGGCAUGCACUGGAUGGAGCUGUGUGUCCCGAGCACCUGGAGGCUCAAGUGCUGGCGCAGAUCACACACGACCCGGGUGAGAUGGGGCAGGCAGGGCACCUGGAGGCGCAAGUGCUGGCACAGAUCACACACGACCCGGAUGUGGGCACGGUGUUGGACGAGAUAAUCGGGUCGGAGAGGAAUCGCAUGGCAGUGCGGCGAGCAGCGAGCACACGUGAAGAAAAUGUGUCCAAGGCCCACAUUCAUCAAACCACCCUCCCACCUUCCCCUCCCCCUACCCCCCUCUGCUUCCAUAUUAAAGCCCUAUGCAUCCCGUACCUCUCCACACACCCCUCCUCCCCAUUCCCUUCCUCCCCUUCCCCCCCACUCUUUCUUGUCGUAUCCACCACUGCCAGAUGUUGGAACGAUGUGGGCACGGUGUUGGACGAGAUAAUCGGGUCGGAGAGGAAUCGCAUGGCGGUGCGGCGAGCAGACGAGUUUAUCGGGGAGCACGAGGCAGGCAUCUUCAACCUCUGGGAGAUGCAGCCCCAGCGAAGUUCCCCCCUUCCUCCCCUUCAUCAACCCAACUCCUCCCCGCCCGACCCACCCCCCUCCUCUCCCCCCACCACCAGGCGCGGGUGCGCAUGA